AUGGCUGACAGAGAUUUAACUAUGGGUCCUCGUGAAGGAGUAACUUACCCUAUAAAGGUGCAGUAUUGUGGAAAUUGCUCAAUGCCUAUUGAGUAUUGCGAAUAUUAUCCUGAAUACGAUAAAUGUAAACAGUGGCUUGAGAAGAAUUUGCCAACAGAAUUUGAGAAAGUGAAGAUAGAUGAAGAAGAAAAUGCCGGCGGGGAAGAAGAAAAGAAACGGCAAAAAAGGGGAGGCAAAGGUAUGCUUAAAUCUAAGAAAAAGGAGGAUGUUCCUAAACUUGUACAAGUAUCCCGUGCACCGCGAGGAAAAAAGAAGUCUGUAACUGUUGUUUCUGGAUUAAGUACAUUUGACAUUGAUCUUAAAGUUGCAGCAAAAUUUUUUGGUACAAAAUUUGCUUGUGGUUCAUCUGUUACUGGAGAUGAUGAAAUAGUUAUUCAAGGUGAUGUUAAAGAUGAUCUAUUUGAUGUUAUACCAGAAAAAUGGCCUGAGAUUGACGAAGAUAGUAUUGAAGACUUGGGAGACCAGAAAAGAUAG